GUAGAUGGAAGGCGGUUGCAAAUAAUAUAAAGCUUGGCCCCUUGACGAUAUCACUACUUAUUUCCUUCAGUUAAUGUACCAUUUAAAGAUUUCCCAAGGAUUCUGCUACUUUUGAUGCCAAGAGGAGUUCCCCCAGCAGCCUGUGAGUCAAAGAUAUAGGGGAGGAGAGCAAAAAGUGGGACUGGCUGACUAUCUACAGAAGACCUAGAAGAUCCUCAGUGCUUGUUGGCCGCUAAACACUUUCAUCAAAAUGGAUUUUUGCAGGGUUCUAUUGCUGCUAAUGCAUUGCAGAAAUGUAAUUGCCGCUUCAGGUUCCUUCUGGCAUAUCUCAGACCUCCAUCUUGACCCACAGUACCAAAAGUCCUCAGAUCCCUUGAAGGUGUGCCCAUCGGCUGGCACUCAGCCAGUGAUCGGUGCAGGAACUUGGGGUGAUUACUUAUGUGACGCUCCCUGGAUUCUUAUCAACUCUUCUGUUUAUGCCAUGAAGAAGAUCCUUCCCGAUCCAGACUUCAUUCUUUGGACUGGAGAUGAUACUCCUCAUGUGCCAGAUGAGAAGCUGGGAGAUGAAACAGUGUUGGAAAUAAUAGAAAAGCUAACUAACCUGAUCAGACAUGUCUUUCCAGACACUCAGGUCUAUCCAGCAAUGGGCAACCAUGACUUCCACCCCAAAAAUCAGCUUCCAGCUGAGGAGAACAGGAUCUACAAUGUAACAGCAGAACUAUGGCGCCCCUGGCUUGGUGAGCCCUCCAUACAGACAUUCAGAACAGGUGCUUUCUACAGUCAGUUGCUGCCUAGUCCUGGACCAGCAAGGCGAAUAAUUGUCCUCAACACAAACCUGUACUAUGAAAAUAAUAAUCGGUCCCUGGGUCUGGAGGAUCCAGGAGGCCAGUUCCAGUGGCUGCAAACUCUGUUGACCAAAGCGUCAGAAACAGGAGAAAAGGUCUAUAUUAUUGGGCAUGUUCCUCCUGGCUUCUUUGAGAAGAAACGAGGCAAACCCUGGUUCCGAAAACACUUUAACCAAAGAUAUACCAAAAUCAUUCAGAAACAUCAUGCCGUGAUUGCAGCACAAUUUUUUGGGCAUCACCAUACGGAUAGCUUUAGAAUGUUCUAUGAUAACACAGGUUCCCCAAUCAGCAUCAUGUUUUUAGCUCCAGCAGUUACACCUUGGAAGACAACCUUACCAGGUGUGCACAACGGAGCCAACAACCCUGGCAUCCGCGUUUUUACGUACGACCGUGACACUCUGCUGGUGAAGGAUAUAGUAACUUACUAUUUAAACCUCACCCAUGCUAACAUGGGAGCUCCAGAGUGGAAGAAAGAGUACAGCUUGACAGAGGCAUACCAGAUCCCUGAUGGUUCUGUUCGCUCCAUGCAUCUGCUCCUGGAGAAGCUUAUGCAGGAUCAAGGCCACCUCCAGAAAUACUACCAAUAUAAUUCAGUGCAGUACGAUCGUACAUUCUGUGAUGACAGCUGCCAGACAGACCACAUCUGUGCUAUCAGAGAAGUUGACUUUGCAAGAUACAGUCAGUGUGUUAGAGCCAGAAGUGCUGCAGCUGCAACCCCAGUUCUGGACAGUCUCUUAUUUUGCUCCACAAUGUGUCUCAUUACUUUAGGCCUCUGGGGCACCUUGAGCAAGCUGGGCCACAAAUAGGACCACAUGGAUUCCACAGGA